AUGGUUGGGAUUCCCAAAGAAGAACAAGAAAUGGCAAACAGAUCUUUCGAGCAGAAGCAAGAACAUGAAAUUAUUGCCGAGGAGGAAAAAGAAGCGAUUAGGACUUAUGCACAGAAGCAGACUGUUGGGACUUCAGAUCAAAAGCAAAGAAGAGCGACUGAAACUUCAUCACAAAAACACGAAAAAGCAAUUGAAAGUGAUACUCAGAAGCAAAAAGAGGCAGUGAUGUCGUCACUGCAGAAACGAGAAGGAGGGACUGGCACUUCUGUGAAGGAGGAAGAGGAAAUACCUGGAACUGCUAACCAGGAGAAAAAAGAGGCAGCUGUAACUUCCGUACAGAAAUUGAAAGGAAUAAUUGGAACUUUAAGGCAAAAACAGGAACAAGAAGCUGUAAUUUCUCAGCAAAUACAUGAAGCAACACUGGUAAUUCCGGAGCAGGAACCAAAAAAAGUAGCUGGACCUUCUGCGCAGAAGCAAGACAGAGCAAUUAAAACUUCUACAUCAAAAGAAAAAGGAGAAACUGUUGUGCGGAAGAAAGAGAGAGCAGUUAGAACUCCUGAUCAGAAGAAAGAAACUACCAGGGCCCUCAGGCGAAGAGAACAAGGAACAGUUGAAAUUUCAGGUCAGGAGCAAGGAUGGAGAAUUGGGCCUUCAUAUCAAAAACAAAAAGGGAUAACAAGAACUCCCACGCAGAAACAGGAAAAAACUGGGAAUGCGAUGCAGAGGCAAGAAUCAAUACCUGUGCAGAAACAAGAAAGCGCAGAAACAAUUAAAAUUCUGGUACAAAAGAAAGAAGGAACGCCUGGUGCUCGGGUGCAAAAGCAAGAAGGUACAACUAAAAUUCCGGUGCACAAGGAAGAAAGAACACCUGGAGUUCAUGGUCAGAAGCAAGAAGUAACAACUAGAAUUCCGGUUUUGAAACGGAAAGGAAUACCUAGGACUCCGACGCAGAAGCAAGAAAGAGUAACUGGUACUCCAGAGCAAAAGCAAGAAAGAAUAACUGAAAUCCCAAUUCAUAAACAAGAAGGAGCAUCUGGGCAAAAGCAAGAAAGAAUAACUGGAACCACGAUGCAGAAACAAGAAAGAACGCCAACACAGAAACAAAAAAGAACUGGAAUCCCAGUGCAGAAGCAAAAUAGAACAAUUGGAAUCGUAGUGCAGAAGCAAGAAGGAACAACUGAAACCCCGUUGCAGAAAGAAGGAACAUCUGCAAGGAAGCAAGAAAAAAUAACUGAAACGCCGGUUGAGCACAAACAACAAAGAAUAGUGGGAACCCCGGUCCGGGAGGAAGAGGGAACACCUGCAAGGAAGCAAGAAAUAACUGGAACCCCGAUUCAAGAGCAAAGAGAAGCAUUUGCGCAGAAGAAACAAAAAACAGUGCGAACCGCGGUGCAGAAGAAAGAAGAAACAACUGGAACUGUGGCUCAGAAACAAGAUGAAACAGUUAAAACUCCGGUACAGAAGGAAGGAACAACACUCGGAACUCCGGUGAAAGACCAAGAGGAAAUACCUGUGCAGAAACAAGAAGGAACAUCUGGAACUCCUGUACAGGCACAAGAAGGAGCAACUAAAAGUGCUGUAGGAAUGCGAGAAGUAGAUGCAAAAGUUCCAGAUGCCAUAAAAAACGAAAACCUGAAAGAAGUCUCUACGGCAGGUUCAGUGCAAGCUGGACCAACUAUGAGUUACAUGCACCCACCAGCUGCACCAUUUUUUCCGCCUCAUGGAAUACAGUUGAUGUCGACCGAAAUGCAGUUGAUAGAAGCUCCUGGCGGGCAUCUUUAUAACCAAGUCUCUCAACAAUAUGGACCUGUUCCUGUUCCACUUCCGCAGCAAGCUGCGAUACAAAUUAUAAAAUCUCCUGUAUAUGGGCCGCUUUCAAUUCCGCCAUAUCCAGUACAACCCCAAAUGCAAAUGGUGGAAACUCGUGCAGGACCGUUAUACAGCCAAGUUCCACAACAAUAUGAGCCGGUGCCUGUUCAGCCAUAUCCAAUACAGCCCGAAAUGCAAAUGGUGGAAACUCGUGCAGGACCAUUAUACAGCCAAGUUCCACAACAAUAUGGUCCCGUUCCUGUACUACCGCAACUUCCUCAGCCAGUUCCUCGAUUACCUGCACUGCCAAUGGCAGGAAUUUCCACAGAGCCGUUACCUGGUCAAGUCGUGCCGCAAUUUCCUCAGCCAGUCCCCGGAUUACCUGUACCGUCAAUGGCAGGGAUUUCCACAGAGCCGUUACCUGGAAUUUCCACAGAGCCGUUACCUGGUCAAGUCGUGACGCAAUUUCCGCAGCCAGUCCCCGGAUUACCUGUACCGUCAAUGGCAGGGAUUCCCACAGAGCCGCUACCUGGUCAAAUUGUAUCGCAAUAUCCUCCGCCAGUUCCCGGAUUAUCUGCACCGGCAAUAGCAGGGAUUCCCACAGAGCCAUUAUCUGGUCAAGUUGUGCCGCAAUUUCCUCAGCCAAUUUCCGGAUUACCUGGACCGCCAAUGGGAGGAAUUCCUGCACCUGGUCAAGUCUUACAGCAGUUUCCUACACCUCACCUGGGACAGUUUCAAGUAGAAGCCGGACCUUCUACGCUUCCGGUCCCGGAAUAUCCUCCAUAUAAUCAACCAUGCUUCCAGACGCCACGUGGACCAUUUCCUGGAAGUGGAGGGCAACAAUUUCUUGAUCAAAUUCAGCAACAUCAGACCAAUAUCUCCAGAAAUCAGGGACAGAAGCAGCAUUAUUACAAGGCUGGAGGACUUGUGGUCACCGAGGUAACUCUCCAGUUAUCUGAACCGACAAUCACUCUCUCUGUGGCAGGCAAUAAGCCACCAGAUCGAAAAGCGGAUACCAAAAAGAAAGGUGGAACAGAAAAGAAAAAAAAAGAGGAGCAAACCCAUGUCGAGUUCAUUUACGGUCAGAGUACCAUGAUGCGAGUUGAAGUACCCGGAACAGAGGGUACAUGGCAACAACCGAAAGUCAGGAUAUGGCCACGUGUCAGGAAGCAUCGUCGGGACAAGUUGACAGUCAAAUAUCAAGCUCAAAUGAUUGAAGAUCUUUUUCUACGCGGACCAUCUGACUCGGAAAGUUCAUUAGUGACAUGCUUGGAUGAAAAAUUGGAGACAUCUCUGGAAAAUAUGCCAGAGAAAGUAUUGAUAAAGAUUUUCGAACUCAUCGCUCAGGAACAAAACAAUAAUCCAAAUGUUAGUAUUUGUAAUAUGUAUCGAUUGAAAUUGGUGUGCAGACGGUUUAACGAUGUAUUGGAAAACAAUGCAAAGAUAUUACCGCGAUAUCAAGUUAGUGGACUUCGGAUUCAAUCAAAAAAAGUGGGUCCGCUAGGCUGCUUUGCAAUGGUUUACCGUUAUGGUACAGGUGCUUUCGAGCCUCCGUGCGCUUGUUUGGAUUUAAUUGAUAUGCCAUCGUUCUUGAGGCAUGACAUAAUAAGUGGUUUUAUAUACGUAGAUAGAAUGGAACUUACGGACAGACUCUUCAUAGCAUUGAAUGAACUGACUUAUGCUGAAAAUGUACAAAGAAUAGUCUUUUCCAAAAUCGAUUCGAUCAAUCUUACUUCUGAAAGUGGAAUUUGCACAUUUUUGGAUAAGUUCCCCAAUUUAUUGGAUCUAUGCUUCUUCGGUUAUUAUGAAGAGAAUGAACUCGGCCUUGAUCAUAGUCAGGUGGUCAUGCAGAUGCAGAGAAGUGAACGUGGUAAUGGACUCCUUACGCGAAAAGAUAUGAACAGCAUGACAGAGCGGUUGAGACACAAAAGAAAAAACGGAUUAAGCGAUCCAAGAUGA